AUGAGCCCCAGGAACAGACCACAGGGGUGGGUGGAGCAUGUCUUCCGGGGCAAGGAUGGACCUCCAUCCCCCAUCUUUAAGGAGGACAGUGGAGUGUGGUUAGUUCAGGGUCCCAUCUGGGUCCAGACUCGCCCUCUCUCCUCCCUAGCGCUGACACAGACCCCCGACAUCCAACUGAACGAGCCCCUGGAGUCCGGCUGGCCUGGCCACCUGACGUGCUCCGUGCGGGGCGCCUGUUUCGAGUUGAUGCCACCCAUCAUCUCCUGGAUGGGGGCUGCCCUGGGAGCCCCGGGCCUGGACUUGAGGGCCUGUCACUCCUCGGAGAUCUCACUCAGCCCCCGCCCGCAGGACCAUGGCACCAACCUCACCUGUCGGGUCACCUUCCCCAGGGCUGGCGUCAGCACCGAGAGGACACUCAGGCUCAGUGUCUCCUAUGCUCCACAGAACCUGACCAUCAGCAUCUUCCGAGGAAAUUGCACCAGUACGAGGGGCGUCCCCUCCCCAAGGCUGGGAUGGGAGCAGCAACCCUCCGGCCACACUGAGCUGGGCCAAGGGGAGCCGGACCCUGAGCCCCUCCAGGGCUCAAAGCCUGGGGUCCUGGAGCUGCCCCCGGUAGAGUCGGGGCAUGAAGGCGAAUUCAUCUGCCGAGCUCAGCACCCUCGGGGCUCCCUGCGCCUCUCCCUGCAUGUCUCUGUGCAGAGUGAGUGUGGGAGGAGGGAAAGCACCCAGGGAGGGGACACCUGGGUCCUGGGGAGGGCAGAGGCACUGCUGACCUUCUCCUCCCUCCCCAUAGACCGCCCCCCCCAGCUGCUGGGACCCUCCUGCUCCUGGGAGGAUGAGGGUCUGCACAGUGUCUGCUCAUCCCGAGCCCACCCGGCCCUCUCCCUGCGCUGGUGGCUGGGGGAGGGUCUGCUGGAGGGGAACAGCAGCAACGCCUCCUUCACGGUCACCUCCAGCUCCACUGGGCCCCGAGCCAACAGCUCCCUGAGCCUCAGAGGGGGACUCAGCUCUGGCCUCAGACUCAGCUGCAAGACCACGAAUGUCCACGGGGCCCAGAGCGCCACUGUCCUGCUGCUGCCAGGGAAGCCUGAGCUUGGGGAAGGAUUCGUUACAGGGGCUGUCACAGGAGCUGGUGUUGCUGGCCUGCUCAGUCUCUGCACCUGUCUCCUCUUCCUCAUAGUGAAGAUCUGCAGGAAGGUGGCACCUGAGGCGGCAGCUGGUGAGGAUAAGCCCUCCAUGCUGGGUCCUCUCUCCCCGGUGAGUGAUGAGCUCUCUGUCCAUCGGGAUCCCAUCUGGCCACCUCCCCACGGCCACAUUUCUCUUGAUGACUUAAAUGAUCAUCAUGCCAUAAAUAGGCUUUUGCACUUGGGUCCCCAUCAACUCAGUCACCAGGUCCAGCGACCCAGGAGUCACCCUCCCCUCUGCUCUCCAUCUCCUCUCACAGAGCCAAGGACCACCACGCCUGUCCAUCUCACUGGUUACCAACGUGAGUGUCCGCCAGACAGCCCCCUAGACCACCUGCCCCCAGCUGUGGCCGCCCCCGCCUCGAGAGAGGAGCAGGAGCUCCAUUACGCCUCCCUCAGUUUCCACGAGCUGAGGCCCCGGGAGCCUCGGGACCAGGAGGCCACCAGCACCACCGAGUACUCCGAGAUCAAGAUCCGCAGAUGA